CGGAAAGCGUGAAGUUGACUACUCCAGGAUUCUGAUCCCAACUCGGAGUCUCUUACACAAAAUGAAAAGUUAUUCUCAGCUUUCAAAAAUUUUGAAACCAACUUGAAAAAUUCUCAGUUGCCCAAUUCAAGUUAUUGCCUCAUCUUUCUCCUUCUGGGGGGUUCAACUUCUCUGGGGUUGUAUUAGUUCUGGGUUUUCAUGGAAAGUCCAGAGGACUUGUGUAACAUUGAGGAUGAUGGGGACGCAAGAAAGGCCACAGCUUGCACAUCUUCAACAUCUUCAGGUAGCCCAGGAGAGUCAGCUUACCGAGGCACAAUCCACAGUUUUAUGGGUGGAGGUAAAGCUGCUGAUAUUCUAUUGUGGAAGCGGCGGACUGCUUCUUUUGGUGUCAUUGUUGUUGCUACAGUUGCAUGGCUCCUAUUUGAGCGGUCUGGAUUAUCAUUCUUAUCAAUUUGUUCAGAUGUGUUGCUGAUUUUAAUCAUACUAUUAUUUCUUUGGGCCAACUAUAACGUUAUCAGAGAUAGACAAUUACAAACAUUACCGGAGCUAGUAUUAUCAGAGGAAAUGGUUAAUAAUGCUGCAGCAUCAUUUCGUGUUAAAAUCAAUAAUGUUCUGCAUAUGGCUCACGACAUCACUCUUGGCAAGGAUUUUAGACUUUUUUUCAAGGUGGUGGUCUGUAUGUGGCUCUUGUCUGUCAUCGGUAGCUACUUCUCUUUCUUCACUCUUGCAUAUAUUGGAACCAUCAUAUCAAUUACAGUUCCUGCGUUGUACAGCAAAUAUGAGGAACCUGUUGAUAGGUAUUGCGGAAUAAUCCAACGACAAUUUUCAAAGCACUAUAAAAUAGUGGAUGAUGGUGUUUUUAGCAGACUCCCCCGGAGUUUUUCUAAGAACAAGGAUUCAUAGUUCUGAAAUUCUAGUUUCAGUAAUGAGUAACAAAGUGGGCUGUUUUGGAGUUGCAGUGGCUGUUCUCAAGUUAUCUGUAUGUUUGUUAUUUGUUAUCUUUUUGUUGGUGGACCAAGACCGAAAUCCUUGGUUCUCUCUGUACGUAAUGGGUGGAAUGCCCAUUCUCUUUCAUUAGAAUUGAUUAAGAAAAUUUGUGAGCUUGGCACAGCCGUGUAGAUUUGGAAGUUUUGAAUAGCCAGCUUUUCUUCUGUUA